UGGGAAUAAGGCUGGGCUGGAGGUUUAGGAGCUAGACAGUGUACUGGAGACCCAGCGCAUCCCAGCAUACACACGGUACUGGAGACUGAGGGCAUCCCAGCAUACACAUUGGCUACUACCGUAGCCGCCAGCGCUUACCAGCCUCUCCCACCACCACAAGCUGAACACCCAGGACCAUCUGACAGACCGAAGGGGGAGAACACUCUUUUUUUUUUAAUCUUUUGGGUGUGUGAUUUUGUUUCUCGCCGGGUUGUGAACAGUGGAUCCGCUGCCAUGUCAAAGUACACUGAAUUAUUUAUAGGCGUGCGUGUCUUGUUGUGUGACAGCUCUGCCCUAAAAGCAUUUUAUUAGACACCUCUUCCAGCAGUGACUGGCAUACGACGCUCUUCUUCUUGGCCGAUGCGUCACUUCCAAGAGCGCCGGGACAACCAAACUGGCUCCGGUCUUCUCGUCUGAGCCGAUCUGCAGCUUCCUGUGUUGAAAUCUACAUUUUGUUGAAUUGCGCGUUUUGCUCCGGACGCAAUAAAGGACUGGUUUAUUUCUUUUUUGGCUUUUCCACCUGAAAGAGAGAGAGGACGCUGUCGCUAUCCAUUCCUGUCUGUUUUUUGGACGCUGAGCCUUUUUACGCAUGCAGGGAGAAAUCUGUGGUGACACCUGAUCGACUGGCUUCUCCGCGCACAUUGACCCGGGAGCUCCAGGCAAAUCAGAGAGGGAGAAAGCAGAUACUCGGUCAAUGCCCGGCCUGUGCUGUUGAUUUUGUUUGUGUGCGUGCUUCUUUUGUGGGGUUGUAGCCCAGCCAAAGCCAUGGUCCACUGCGCCGGCUGCGAGAGGCCUAUCCUGGACCGCUUUCUGCUCAACGUGCUGGACAGAGCCUGGCACGUCAAAUGCGUGCAGUGCUGCGAGUGCAAAUGUAAUUUAACUGAGAAAUGCUUUUCACGAGAGGGGAGACUGUACUGCAAAAAUGAUUUCUUUAGGAGGUUUGGCACGAAGUGUGGCGGUUGUUCGCAGGGCAUCUCUCCAAACGACUUGGUCCGGAGGGCCCGGAGCAAAGUGUUUCAUCUCAACUGCUUCACCUGCAUGAUGUGCAAUAAGCAGCUCUCCACCGGCGAGGAACUCUACAUCAUAGACGAGAAUAAAUUCGUUUGCAAAGACGAUUACAUAAGCAACACCAAUGUAAAAGACACCAACCUCCUCUCAGUAACGGCAUGCAGCGACCCGAGUUUAUCACCGGACUCUCAAGACCAGCUACAGGAUGACGUGGUCCUAAAGGACACGGAAAUAGCCACCCUGUCCGACAAAGAAACGGUUAAUAACGAGAACGACGACCAGAACCUCGGAGGGAAGCGGCGCGGCCCGCGAACCACCAUCAAGGCCAAGCAACUGGAAACACUGAAAGCGGCGUUCGCUGCGACUCCCAAACCCACCAGACACAUCAGGGAGCAGCUGGCCCAGGAGACCGGCCUCAACAUGAGGGUCAUCCAGGUCUGGUUCCAGAACCGACGUUCCAAAGAGAGGCGCAUGAAGCAGCUGAGCGCUUUGGGCGCCAGGAGGCACGCGUUUUUCCGGAGCCCGAGGCGGAUGAGGACGUUGGUGGACCGGCUGGAGCCGGGGGAGCUCAUCCCCAACGGGCCCUUCUCCUACUAUGGAGAUUAUCAAAGUGAGUACUACGGCCCGGGAGGAAACUAUGACUUCUUCCCCCAGGGGCCUCCAUCGUCGCAGGCCCAGACCCCAGUCGAUCUCCCAUUCGUGCCCUCCUCAGGCCCUACGGGCACCCCCCUUGGAGGUAUGGACCACCCCCUGCCAGGCCACCACCCCUCCAGCGAGGUGCAGCGCUUCUCUGAUAUCAUGUCCCACCACCCAGGAGAUUCUCCAAGCCCAGAGCCCGGAAUUCCGGGGCCCCUGCACAGCAUCUCCUCUGAAGUGUUCGGCCCUAGUCCACCCUUUACCUCACUGUCACUGAACGGCAGCGGAUACAACAACCACCUGUCCCACCCACCCUCGGAAAUGAAUGAGGGCACUGUGUGGUAGCUUUUUGAGAGAGCAGACUUUACUGGCAAGAGAUUCAGUAACGGAGGGUGGUGACGUUUGGUGGUGUUGGGGGCUGGAAUCGAGAACAGGGACAUGGAUAUCAACAGGGUUAGGGCAACACCAUUGAAUCAUUAUUAUUAUUAUUUUAUUUUUUAUUUUUUGGUGUUUUCAUAUUUAUUUAUUUAUUUUCCCACAUGAUUUGUUGAUCUUCUUUGUGGGGAAAGCGUAUCUGGCAUAAAAAUUAUGCUCAAAAACAUUGUCUUCAGUAUUGUGUUUGGAUGUUUCAAAUGCUUCUUUUGUCCACUCUCUUCAUCCAAAACUGGACUUACAAAAAAAAAGAAAAAAAGAAAAAGAAAAUAAAAUUUACAAAAAAAGAGAAAGAAAGAAACUGCUGAACUGCCCCUAUUCACCCCCUUUCUUUGAGCCCCUCGGGCACCAUGUCAACCCUCCUGAGUCCUGUCAGUGGCCCAGCAUAAUGACCAAACCCUCUAACACUCAAAGGUGGCGUGGAAAACAACCCUUUCGAAAUCUCACAUAGUAUGUUCUGAACACGAAAACAUCAUUAGCUACUGUCAAAGACUUCCUUAGCUUUACAGAGAGAGAAUAAAGGGGCUGAGGAUUGGUUGUGUGCUGACCUGGCAUUGUAGGAAGGCUGAGCAGCAUUCAGACUAUGUUCGAGGCACUAGACGUGUCCCUUGUAUUUAUUCAGAAGCUCCUCAGACCUCUUUGCCUCUCAAGGCUCUGCCAUAUUGACACUUAACCUUUUUGACACUAUGUUUUCAAAGGCCAGAGGAAAUGACAAUUUUUCCUGUGUUGUUUCCUCUUUUUUUCUUUUCUUGAUUUUCUAAUUUCCACCAAAUCUGAAGAAGGCUGCCUUCAAAAGGCAAACAGUAAAAGCCUCUAUGGAUUGCAAACCCUUUAUUUAAAAUGGAAGUGAACUUGAAAUGUUGAAAUGAAGUCUACCUUCUAAAAAUCUUCUACUGGGGUUCUAAAUAUGGGACUUAGAACAGUCAACUGUUUACGUAACCUAUUAAAUUCAGGAGUCCAGAAGUCUCGAAAAACCAUGUUUUAGAACCUCUUGAUCCAUAUAAAAAUGUUCCAAGCAACCAACCAAACUUUUCUAUUGAUUUCAUUUAUAUUGUAUGGAGAUAAAAACACAUUUGCUGGGGUUGUGGUUCACUGUGCUAGUUUGUACAAGAUGUUGUUUACAAAAAAGUUUUAAAAAAGAAUAAAAACAUGAGUAGACAUUUGCCAAAUUAAAAAAAAAAAUAGCACAAAUACUGUUAAAGUGCUUUGCACCAUUAUCUGCAGAAUGUGUUGAGACAAAAUGUAAGUGUUAAAAGGAGUAAUUGACUUCUUAAUUUUUUAGUCUGCUGAUGAUACAUUCAUAAAAUUGUUAAUAUAACAUACUUAGACAGGUUUUAUUUUUGUGUCUUCAAAGGAGAAAAAUCCAAACUAUUAAAAACUGAUGGUCAAAUAUGCAGCAAGUAGCUGCUACAUCUCUUUGAAUAUCAAGCCCUCAUGAUAUGUCUUUUAAUGUUCCAAUAAACCUAAGCUUAUGUGACCUCCAGUGCAUAUUAGACCAUUCACUGUAUAAAUACAACAUGUUGACAAAAAUGUGUUUCUAAUAAAACUAGAAAAUAUGCUUAUGAAUUUUUUAAAACAUAUUUUCUUUGGAGCAGCUAUCUUAGAGUAUACCCUUACAUUACAGUAUAUUAUGUAUCACACAGUGUCAGUGCAGCCGUACAUCACAGGGCUCUCUGUGAGGUACUUAUCAGGCCAGUGUCACUCAUUUCAUAAUGAACGCUUUUUGUCUACAUGUCUAAUUUUCCAUUCACUUGGAGUGUGAAAUAAUUGGCCUUUGCAGACAUGGUGACAGGUAAACAUUUGUUAAUUCUGAUUAAUGGGAUUCAGAAACAUUGAGUGAAAUUGAAACAGCAGUUGGUGGAAAGUGAUGAAAAGACACACAAAGAAAAAAAAGAGACCUUGAAAGCUUUUAGCAGAGUUGUAGAAACAUGAUAUAGAGUCAUGCUUUGUACUAUGAGUUUUGUGAUGUUUAUCUUAAACAGUCAAAUAUGAAUUUUCUCUUUUUCACUGCUGCAGCAUUGCACUAGAUCCUCAUGGCUUGCACAAUUCAUAGACAAAUACAACAAGGGUUUGAACAACAAAAAAUAUUUCUGUUGAUUUACCUUUUCUCUCAGCCGUGGAGGCAUUUAGUGGGCUGACUUACUAUGACUGACACAAGGGGGAGCGGAUUCACAAUUUAUGCUGAUGCCACUUCUUUCCCCAACCACACUGGCUCAGGCCUCAGAUUUUUCCAUCUAGUUACUCGAGUCCGUCAACUAAUCAUAAGUAGUUAGCUGUGCAAGUGUGAAGGACGAUGAUGAAAUUGCCAUGACCACACUAUCGAGCUUGUUAUGCUUUUAUUAGCCUACUCCUACAUCAUUAUUCCCUGCAGCUUACUGUUCUCGCAGUGCGGUCUGACGGCUGGGAGGGACCUCUCCUAACUUAUUCGGUGAACAUGGCCAUAAUAAUAAUCAAGAAGGCCAAACACUGAGGCGUACUUUUUUGCAAGAAGGAUGAAAAAAAAAUUAUUCAUACUUGUAGGGAAAUGAGUUGGGCAGUGGGAUUGUGGCUUCAAUCCGGAGGAACCUUUAUCCUCCUAACCCUUUGCGUGCAGUUAGGCUGUAUGGCAUCCCAGUUUUCUCCCCUGCCUCCAGACUGUAAUCCACCAUGAAUUAAUCAUGGUCUUGAGUGUUAACCAAGCUUGGGGAGGUGGGGGUGGAGGGUCUGUGGAAGAAUAUAGGUCUAUGUUGAGCCCUUGGGCUUAGCCCCCCCUGUGGUAACACCAUGCACAGGCGACUGACUGCCCCAGGCCGUAGCUCUUUAAAUUCAAAUCUCCUAUUGAUCGCUCAUCAGCUGUUGGUGCAAACUGACCUUGUAGUCUAACACUGGAAAAAUAAAACACGCCUUAACAGCAUUCAAUGGGUUUUAAAUGACAUUUUAAAUCUCUGAGUCAGGAUGUUUGAAUAGUCCACACACCCACUGGGAUCCAAAAUCCAAAAGUGUACUGUAUGUGCAUGUGUGUGUGAUGGGAGGAGGUGAUGGGGGGGAUAAAUGCUUAGAGGAAGGAGUGGGGGUGUACAAAAUGGUUUACUUUAGGGUACAACAGGGGCCAAAGUAUUGAGCCAAUAGGAAGAUCAGGCGCAGCAGGCAAACACUGAGAUACUUGCAUUCAAACUGAGAAGGGAUUUUUUUAGAGCCCCUCUCCAUAUGAGAAGCAUUUGGCUGCUAGUUUUAAAUGCAGAGUGGCUCAGCUGGAAGUGUACCCUCUCUUCAGAGCAAACGUAACAUAAGCACACAAACACAUGGCACUGGUCCUUGUUUCUCCUCAAACAAACGACAUGUGUUGGGGGAAGUCAGUUUCUUGGCCAGGAAUGAGAAGAUGCUGUUAAUCAAUGCAGUGGGUUGGUUGAUCACUGAGCCACAUUUCCCUGGCUCAAUACUCAGUGAGAGGGUGAUACAAAGAUAUGAAGCAACCUGAUGAGCUGACCACUGCUGACCUCACUACUCUAUACACCUUCUCACCCUUCUGUCAAACUCAUAGAGCCAUUUCUUUUACUAUUAAACUAAUGUUUGUGAAAUUUUAUUACAUGUAAUGUCUGUUGUCCUCUAGGAAGUAAUUCAAGAGGGAUUCAACCUAAAGCCAGAACAAGAAACAUUUUUUCUACUAUAAGCAGCCAAGAUCCUAAUAGCUCCUUACAAGAAAAAACGUCCUUUGCUGCACAGAAAUGGAUGCACUUUUCACCUGUUUUUAUUGAACAGAGAAAGAAAAGUAGACAUUAUGAUCAGCUAUGGCCACCAUGACAGAACAGAGAAAGAAAAGAGUGCCACCUAGAGAGUCAAACAUAAUCAACAGAAACUCAGCAGAGAAAAGACAACGUAGCAGAUAGAGCCAAAAAUGGAAAUAACUAUAAAGGAGUGUUCUGAUGCAGAUAAAGUGUGUGUGAUAAAAGUGAUUCCUGCAUGAAUAGAAUUUGGUUUUCAAUCUUUCUGUCUCCAAACACCUGACACAGCAGGAAAUAAAACAAAUGAAGUGACAUGUGAUGUGUUCCUGUGGCUCUGAAAGGAAAGAUUUUAUGUACGGUUUGGAAAGAAUUAUCAGUAUUGUAGCCACAGCCAUAGCCAUGAUUUUAGAAAUUCUCAGGUCAUGAGACCACGAAUGUCCUUCCAGACAACAAAGACAAGAUUGUUCUUAAUAUUUACACUUGCCAUAUUUAAUCCUUGAGCUAACUUCUCUCUCCUUCUCCUCACAGCCAGGAAUAAACUAGUGGAGAAACACUGAAUCCCUUAUUUAUUUACUAGCAUAAAAAUAAAUUGUCCAAAAAUAUUUGACCCUAAAGUCAUUCCAUCGCAGCUCUUAACCCUGAAGUUGAACUGGUGCUUUUUCAAAGUUAUGUCAUGUUAUCACAGUCCCUGGACCACACUCUUUUGUGUUGGGUCAAUAGUUCAGAGUGAAAAGCUAGUUAAGAAUGUGCUACUGCAGCAUGGUGGCAUCACAGUUGCUCAGAUAUUUCAGAAAGCAUAUUGCUUUUAGUUGUAUUACAGUUAAAUGUUGUAGUUGUAGCUCACCAGACAUUUCAAGUAAGCAAAGCUGCUAUGGAGCAGGUUCUAAUUUCAUUAAAUAAUCUGGACUUCUAUAGGCAGAGCCUUCGUAGAAAAAUUAAGACAAAAUUGUGAACAAAAUGAAAUAAGCACUGUAUGUGGGAGCACUUAGUAAUUAAGUAUACAACUACAGCAGAAGGACAGGUCAGAGUGGACACCAACUAACACAAAGCCUAAGUAUAGUACUGACAGUAUAGUAAGCUUGUGCAGUGUUACUUGAUUUUGUUACUUGCAUUUUACCAUUCCUUCCUGGCUGGAUUUUUCUGUGUUUGGCAUAUGGUUUCAUUAUGUUUGAUACUCCAUUUAAAUAUAAAACACAACUGUUGCAAUUUGGCCACUUACACGUCUUUGUUUUUAUGUUCUUCAGAAUUUACAUAUCAAAGUAAUGUCACCAGAUCUCAUAACUGUCAGAGCUGACAAAUGCUUCUAAUUCAGCUAUAAAUGACAAAUGAGUCCUCUUGUUAUUACUGUACUCUAAUCCAUAAGCCCUUGCCCUUAUGUGAUGGGCUGCUAUUGUUAGCCCCAUACUCAUGCAGUGAAAAAGACAAGGGGUAAAAGGGUGAGAUAUUAAUAAUGAGAACCUUAUCCAUCAGAAAUACAUCCCGUGCUAUACUAACAUACUGUAGCUACUUCAGCUAGUUAGCCUAGGUGACCUUCCAAGUUUAAACAAGCAGGCUGCUGUAGAUACCAAAUUUAGCUAGCAGCUGACAUAAGAAAAACAAGUCAGGGUCAUUACUAUGGUCUUUUUUUCUAGGUAGCUAACUUGCACUCAGGAAAAAAAAAAGCUUCAGUUUAAACUUGAACUAAUGAAUAAAUCAUGGUAUAUAUUGGGCUUAUUUCUGCCCUUAGUGGCUUGCCCCUAAGAAAAUGUGCACAAAUGUACCUCUAAUUUGCUAUUCAUAAUCAGUAUAAAACUGAAUGUUUUACUUAUAAUUGGUAUGUAACCCAUUGAAGUACAAUUUACAUAAAGAAAUUGCCCAUGUAACAAACAAUGCAUUCAUCCAGGGAGGAAAGUAUACUCAUUUAGCAAAGUGGAAAGUACUAAUUUCCCCCUGGAGGAUGUCCUGAUGGUAUGUGAGGUCUGUAGGUUGGCCUGAUUAGCACAGAGCAUGGAGUGUGUCUACACCAUCUGACCCACUGAGUGAUAUUCAUUUGUCAUUCACAUAUUGGAGACCAACUGCUGUGUUUUUUGCUCAGGGCAAGGGUUUUCUCAAUGAGUUGUUUGUGUAUGAUUGCACUGGCAGUUUCCCAUUGUGAUAUUACAUGGAAUACAAACUUCAGUGCAAAAUCUGUUUAUAAUUUACACAAGAUGGUUGUUGCGUUGGUAUAUUUUCUUUCAUGAAUAUUGUAUUUUAUUUCUGCUUAGAAAUGCAUUUUGUCUGAAAUAGUGCUUUAAUAAAUAUGUCCAUCAUUGUGUAGAGUAGUCACAGAGUUUAAAAUAAUUGUACCUACACAUGGAACCUAUACUUUAUUUAGACAAUACACGGAUGUACUGAGUUGAGCUUGUCUCUGCUUUUCUUCUGCAAACAAUUAGUUUGCUACCAUUCCUUCAUCAGCUCCCUAGAAUAUAUACUGACUAACCAGACCCUUACCUAAUUGUAACUGAAGCACACCAGUCUCUCUUCUUGCAGGUUGAUGAUUCCUGUCAUUCCUGCAUGCUCCCCUUUUGUGUUUUUUUUUUUUUUUCUUUUUUUACCUUCAGUGACUACCUGCCUGUUGCUGACUUCUUUGAAUUUAGACCUUAUUUAAUCUUAUCAGCUCUGGUCUUGAAUUUUUUUCUUGAUUAUUGCUAUUAUGUAUGCAACAAAUCACACUAAUAAGCAUAAGGAAUUAGUCUAGGGAAUUUGAAUCUAAUCUAAAAACCAAUACACAUCUUAUUGGUGUUCACUUGACAACAACAAAUAGCCUCUUGAUGAUGCUAACUACAAUAUACCAAACUAUGACCAAAAAGGAAACUUUGAUUUCAUCCCAGCAGUCCUGUUGUCUAUGUGGCUCACCAGUGUGACUGACAGAAGUCAAACCUACCUCAGUCAACUUUGGCUUUUCCAAAUAUUUUUUAACAUGUAUUUUUGUCUUGAUAAAGGGUCAAUCUUGUGACAGCUUGGCUGGUUGUCCUCUUUCCAGUGGGUGUGUAGCCAGCUCAUAUGCUUGUCACUGCAUGACCCUAUUAGUUAGUGUGGGGGAUUUAACAGAGGGGAAUGGGAUAUAAGGCAGAGGAUGUGAACCUCUGAGAACUCACUAUAUCCAGUGAGUGUGAGGACAAGGACUUCAGGAGAAGCAGCUGGGGCAACUGUUAAUGUACUGGUGGAGACACAGUUGUCCACACUUUUUUUUCUUACUUCUAGUGUGCUUUAAUAUUUUCUAGGCCUCAUACUCACUCCAAUAGUUCAGGUCAUAAAGACCUCUCCAGUGUUUUACAUGGGUCUACUGUUUAGCCUAAACGAUGGCUGAUAGUGGACAUCUGGAAACACUUCUCCUCUUUGUUGCUGGGGUAACCAAGGUCUUACAGAUAAAGAUGUAGACAAAGAGGUAAACUGAGAAAAUACUGUCCAAAUCCAGUUUCAGUCAAGGCUGAGCUAAGCAGAAGAAAGGACAGGAGCAUGUUAUAGUUAUUAAGAAAGAACAUGUGACAGUGGUAAGACUUGAGUGUCCAAUAGGGUCUUCACACCUUUAAAUUUAGAACAGAAUUUGGCCUUAUUUGGGUAAUGUAUGGAAAACUGUUGCAGCCAUGUCACCAGCAGGGGUUACAGACUCCCUGUUGGACCCAACAUCUUCAGAACUUUGGUGUAGUACUACUCUGGCUCACUUGACACUGUACUGUUCAUCAUUUUUUCAUAAGGCACAGCUUGUAAUAAAUACA